CUGAGGGUAGCAUACCUGAAGCCAUUCCCUCCCACAAUUUGAUUCACUCAGCGAAGACGACCUAAGACGCACACUCACACAUCGAUACAGGAUGGGUAUAAAAUGUUAAAGCGUCUAUGAGACAUGGAGCCGACCUAUGUGACCACCAGCAGAUCUCACUACACAUAGGUCUUUCGGAAAAGUGAUUGAGCUGUUCUAGAAUUGAGACAUACCAGCGACUUUACCAAACAGCACAGAUAAUCCGUCUUUCAUUUUGUUUGUAGAGGAAACUAAGCACCAAUGUUUGUGACUGAAUCACUCGCACCUAGUCCUGGAGAAUGUGAAUAUUUAAAGCUGCUAUAAUAAUCGAAGUCUGGAACUUUCGAGAGGAUUUUAGUUUCGCUGAGUGUAAAGUGUGUGAUACUUCACUUUAUCUAUGAGUGAUUUCAAUGUGAUAUUCUGAUGUGUGUUUCAGUAGUUGAGAUUUAAUAAAAUAGUGGGAUAGAUUUAUUGUGAUAUAACACUGUGAUUUCGUUAGCAAUCGGCAUAUACAUAUGGUUCAUCAACUUACUUGUGGUCUUUAAACGAACUUAUUAGAAAGAACAGUCUGGCUUCGGGAGAUAACUCACUUAUUUCCAAGUUAUUACCGAAUUAUUUUCAAGUUAUGGUGCGCAUCCAGGAGCAAAUAACUCAACAUAAUCUCCACACCUGACCAAAACAGUUAUCUCCUCCUUGAUGCCGCACUGUACGGAACUGUCCCAUGACUUGCCUCAUGUAGACCAUGUCGGAGGCAAGAUUCUGGAAAAGUGUGCGGCCUGCGGCUUAUCUUACCGUUAAUUCAAGUGAUUAAGUCUUCCAGACAGAAGACCCAUUGACCUGAAGCUGACGGGGAUAAAACUCUAUGAGAGAAAAGAAAAAGAGAAAGAGGAAAAUAUUCUCAAAAAAAAAAAAAAAAAACAACUGUUGAGUUUGGAUAUUACAAAGUCUUGGCGGACUAGUAACUGAGGAAACAUGAGAUGGACAGUAUUAUUGGGUCGGUGGGCAGAGUGGCAAAUGUCAAGGUCAGAAAUGACGACGAUCUUAAUGACCGCGUCAAUCACCUGUACACUACAGGUAUCCUCAUCAUCUUCACAGUAGUUGUCAGUGCCAGACAGUACGUCGGUGACCCCAUCAGAUGUUGGUGCCCGGCCCAGUUCACUGGCGCCCACGUCGACUACACCAACAAUAUUUGUUGGAUUUCAAACACCUACUUCGUCCCCAUGGACGUCAGCGUGCCGGAGAGUGUUCCCAAGAGGAGGGAGAACGAGCUGACCUACUACCAGUGGGUGCCGGUCAUGCUACUCAUCCAGGCCUUGAUGUUCUACAUCCCGUGCAUCUUGUGGCGGCUGUUCAACGGUCAGUCGGGGAUCAACGUAGACAGGAUUGUCUCCCUCGCCAGCGACGCCCAGUACGAGGCGCCGGAAGUCCGCAUCCGGACAAUCAAAUAUGUGGUCAGGCAUAUAGACCGCUGCCUGGACAAUCAGCGCGAGAGCCGACAUCGUUGCUGCGUGACGCUGCGUCACGUUCUGUCUGUCAAGAUGUCCCUGUUGUGCGGGAGACGCUACGGCAACUAUCUUAUAACCGUGUACCUGGUCAUGAAGAUGUUAUACAUCGCCAACGCUAUUGGCCAGCUGUUUAUGCUGAAUGCAUUUCUAGCUUCUGAGUACAACAUGUACGGAUUCCAGGUGCUGGAGGAUUUAAUAGAGGGAGACGAGUGGACAGCGUCUAGGAGAUUCCCCCGCGUCACCAUGUGUGACUUUGACAUUCGCCAAAUGACCAACAAUCACCAUUACAGCGUCCAGUGCGUACUGCCCAUCAACCUCUUCAACGAGAAGAUAUACAUCUUUUUGUGGUUCUGGCUGGUCUUCGUCUCCGCCCUGACCUGCUACAGCUUCAUCUCUUGGUUAUGGCAAAUGGUCUUUCCGUCCUCCCGGAUACACUACAUCCGAAAGUUCUUGAAAAUCAUGGACCGCAUAGGGUCCGGGCCGGACAAGAAGUUGGCCACCCGCUUCACAAUGGAGUACCUCCGCCACGACGGGGUGUUCACCCUGAGGCUGGUCGGGAAGAACUCGAGCGACAUAGUCGUGGCGGAGAUCAUCUCCGGGUUGUGGGACUUGUACAGGAGCAAAAAGUCUAUACAGAUAAGGAAUACCUUGCCUUCCAACGGACACGAAAGUGACGGCGAGGAUGUAUAGAGGCCAAGUUGUCUAGUUUCAUUUUACUAAUUUAUUCACACUAGGAAUACACCGUAGCUGCCCAGAUCUACUUCAUGCAUACGGUCUUGGAGUUCUAUUCAACUCAUGUAGAUGUCUACUUAUAGAUUAUCUAGCAGUAUUAACACUGGGGAGUUUGUGUAAUAGGUCAUUCAUAAUGCAAGUAUUUUAUAUCUUUAGUACUAGAUAUGUAAUGAAUGUCUUUUAUAUAUACAUCCUGAGGAAAUGUAAAUAUGUUAUGAAUGUAAUGGAGUGUGACAUUUCGAAUCAUUUCAUGUUUCUUUCUCUUGGAGCUUCCUCUAUUGCCAGGAGAUGUGAAUGCACAUAAUUCGUGUCAUAACAAUUAUUCCAAGGAAUACAUUUCGGUAAAUGCAGCAUUCGUUUUUUUUUUAAUUAUUAUGAAUUUAAUAGAACAUUUUAAACGAAUAGUUGCUUGCAAUAUGAGAAUUGAUCUGCCUCUCAAAACGUAGAAUGGAAUGUUCAUUUUUCUGAACAUCUCUGUAGGAGAAACUUCCUUGACUGCCUUACCGCCCCUUGAGCUAACUUGUGUCAUGGUGCUUAUAUUGAUAUCAAACAUCUGUCAUGGGCGUAUCCGUUUAUUCUUCCCUUCACAAACACGGCAGUUCUAUAUCAAACAGAGCCCACCAUGGGUGGGUGCCGCCCUGUUGUUUUGUUAGUACAAGUCUCUCUCUGAUCAUGUUAUUAAAGUUUAAGUUAACGGUAAAAUAGUUGCCUAAGCAUCAAAAUUGAAAACUGCUUCAUUUGAAGCAACACUCAUCUAUAGAUUUGUUUUUGUUCGCCGUCAUCAAGUGUUAUAGAAUGAUGCCAAAAAAACUUUGUCGGUCGAGGGCCAAAUAAAG